AUGGCUGCCGAUCAGAAAAACGCUGUGGGAACAGGUGGCACCCCCGCUGACCCUAAUAACAAACAAUAUCCGGGAGUUCCGUAUGGACCGUCGGACUUCCACGCCACCUGUGACAUUGGCAGCGACUACGGCAACGCCAAGAAGGUGCGCGACUGUGAACUGAGCGGAUUGCACGACUUGGAUCAAAGCAAAGACUACGUGCGCACGAAGAUUAUCGAGUUCCUGAACGCCUUGAUCGACCAUGGAGUUGCAGGCUUCCGUGUGGACGCAGCAAAGCACAUGUGGCCGGAAGAUCUCAAGUACAUCUACUCAAAGGUGAAGAACCUCAACACCAACCACGGAUUCGCCGCAAACACGCGCCCCUUCUUCUUCCAAGAGGUCAUCGACAAGACUGGCAAGGAGGGAGUUCAUAACUACGAGUACACGAGCUUUGGCCGAGUGACGGAGUUCCGAUACGGAAUGGAGCUUUCCAAUGUCUUCGGAGGCAACAAUGCUCUUAAACAUCUGUUCAGCUUUGGUCCCAAAUGGUCACUAAUGGACGGAAACGAUGCUCUGGCUUUUAUUGACAACCACGACAACCAGCGCGGACACGGCGGUGCUGGUGACGUUUUGACAUACAAGAGCGCUAAGCAAUACAAGACUGGUCUGCCGCAAGGCACCUAUUGCGACCUCAUCUCCGGCCUCAAGUCGGGCAGCAGCUGCACUGGAAAGAUAGUCACUGUAGGCAGCGAUGGAAAGGCGUACAUUGAGAUCAAGACUUCUGAAGCAGACGGUGUUCUCGCAAUUACUGUGGAUGAGUCUCCAAGAUUACAGAAGAUAUCAAUUAAAAAUAAAAGGGGGUGUGGUGUAGGGCGUGUUAGCAGUCUACCUCCGAAAGACACAAUGCAAGCGUUCUCCGCUCUGGUCCUUGUAACCCUGCUCGCCGUGGGCUGGGCCCAGAAGGACCCCAACUGGACCGAAGGGCGAAGCACCAUCGUCCACCUCUUCGAGUGGAAGUGGUCCGACAUCGCCCAGGAAUGCGAGCGCUUCCUGGGGCCAUACGGAUACGCCGGUGUGCAGCUGGUGGACCGCAUCCCUGGUAUUAGCAGCAUAGCUUCGUUAGCUGGUGGUGUGGUUGGGCUGUGGGUGCGCGGGCUCCUUCUUUUUUUAUAUCCCCCCCAAAAAAUUUUCGGUUGUCUCGGCUGUCUGGGUGGUGUGGUGGGUCGGUUGCAGGGUGGGGUGGUUGGGCCUGGUGCCGCCCUAACAUAA